CGUCAGUACCUAACGCUAACCAGCCCUAUUAAAAAACAAAAAAAAAAAUCUAAAAUGAUAAUUUUUUAUGGAUGAGCCUCUGCAUGCAUUUUACAGCAAUGUCGAUUUCUUGUUCUUCUUUCUUCAUUCCGUACUCUCACCCUCGCUUCCUUCCUCCCCGCUUCCACCGUUGCGUCUUCUUCGGCGUUGCUUCCCGCCAAAAGCCCAUCAAUCCAAGGGAAACCAUUAACUCUGCCACGGUUGCAAGCUUCAUUCCACCUAUGGCAAGGAGCCUGUAUUCUAUGAAUAGAGAGCCCAUGGUGCCACCUUACAAUGUCCUAAUCACUGGCUCAACCAAAGGAAUAGGGUAUGCACUAGCUAAAGAGUUUCUAAAGGCAGGUGACAAUGUCUUGAUUUGCUCAAGGUCAGCUGAGAGUGUGGAAUCUACUACUCGGAGCUUGAGAGAAGAAUUUGGAGAGCAUCGUGUGUGGGGUACAAAAUGUGAUGUAAGAGAAGGACAAGAUGUGAAAGAUUUAGUUGCAUUUGCACAAGAAAACCUCAAGUACAUUGAUAUAUGGAUUAACAAUGCAGGGUCAAAUGCAUACAGCUAUAAGCCUUUAGCAGAAGCAUCAGAUGAAGAUCUUAUUGAAGUUGUCACUACAAACACCCUUGGUUUAAUGAUAUGUUGUCGAGAGGCAAUUAAAAUGAUGUUGAAACAACCUCGAGGGGGCCAUAUAUUCAACAUAGAUGGAGCUGGUUCUGAUGGAAGGCCGACCCCAAGAUUUGCUGCAUAUGGGGCAACCAAGCGCAGUGUGGUGCAUUUAACAAAAUCAUUACAGGCUGAGUUGCAGAUGCAGGAUGUUCAGAAUGUGGUGGUGCAUAAUUUGUCGCCUGGAAUGGUCACAACUGAUCUUCUUAUGUCAGGAGCUACUACAAAGCAGGCCAAGUUUUUCAUUAAUGUUUUGGCAGAACCAGCAGAAGUGGUUGCAGAAUACCUCGUUCCAAAUAUAAGAUCUAUCCCUGCCAAUGGAUCAAUGAAGCCUACAUAUAUUCGAUUUCUUACCGGCAUAAAAGCCUACUCACAAAUAUUCUCAAGACUAGCUUUCGGUGCAAGAAGAAACAGAUACGUGCUUGAGGAUUGAAGAUUAUGGGUUUUUGUUUGUUUGUAUUUUUUUUUUUUAUUUCCACAAAAAAUGUGUAUUGUAAAUUUGUAGGUUAUUCCAAUUUCAGGCUGUUUCUUUUUUCACUGAUAGAUUCGGUCUAUUUAUUUUAGCAUUGAUAGAUUUGUUUUUCA